AUGUUGAAGAAUUAUUCUAGUGCUGUUGAAUUUUAUCUCCUUGGCUUCCAUGGCUCCAAAGAACAACACGAUAUUCUUUUUGCCACUUUCUUCUUUCUCUACUCAGUGACAGUCAUGGGAAAUAUGCUCAUCAUUGUGAUUGUCUGUGUUGAUAAACGUCUGCAGUCCCCCAUGUAUUUUUUCCUUGGCCACCUCUCUGUCCUAGAGAUCCUGAUUACAUCAGUUGCCGUCCCCUUGAUGCUCUGGGGGCUGCUGCUUCCUGAGAUGCAGGCAAUAUCUUUGCCAGCCUGCAGUGCACAAUUAUAUUUGUACCUUUCUUUGGGUACAUCGGAGUUGGUAUUAAUUGGAGCAAUGGCUGUGGACCGUUACGUGGCAGUCUGUAACCCUUUGAGGUACAACAUCAUUAUGAACAGCCACACCUGCAUCUGGGUGGUCAUUGUGUCAUGGGUGUUUGGGUUCCUAUUUCAAAUCUGGCCAGUGUAUGCCACAUUUCAGCUUACCUUCUGCAAAUCAAAUGUAUUAGACCAUUUUUUAUGUGACCGAGGGCAACUGCUCAAAUUAUCCUGUGAUGACAGCCUUUUCACAGAGUUUAUCCUUUUUUUAAUGGCUGUGUUCAUUAUUGUUGGUUCUUUGAUCCCUACAAUCAUCUCCUACACCUACAUCAUUUCCACCAUCCUCAAGAUCCCCUCAGCCUCUGGGCGGAGGAAAGCCUUUUCUACGUGUGCGUCCCACUUCACCUUUGUCGUGAUCGGGUAUGGCACCUGCUUGUUCCUCUAUGUGAAACCCAAGCAAACACAGGCAGCAGAGUAUAAUAGGGUAGCGUCACUGAUGGUUUUAGUGGUGACCCCUUUUCUGAACCCAUUUAUCUUCACUCUCCGUAAUGACAAAUUUAUUGAGGCCUUUCGAGAUGUCAUGAAACGCUGCUAUCAUCUCCACAAGGGUUAG